AUGUCGUCGUCAGCUGCUCGCCCGCGUCUAGCCGCAAGAGCCAUCCGCUCCGGCCCAGCCUCCCACCUCCGCGCCGAAUCUUUCCGCAUCUCCAUGCCCGCAUCACGGCGACGGGCCUCUUCCUCGACCAGCGCAUCCGUCCAAGCUGGACGCGCACGAGCCGUUCUGUACGGAGGCGCUCUUGCGGCCGCUCUCUGCGUCGGAUACCUCUACGCGACCGACACGCGAGCAUUCCCUCACAGAUACCUUGUCCCGCCCGCGCUGCGAGCCUUGUUCGCCGACGCCGAAGAGGCACAUCACGCGGGUACCUUGGCAUUGAAGACUCUGUAUCGACUCGGGCUUCAUCCGCGCGAGCGAGGGAACUCGCUGCGCAUCCCCGAACUCUCAACAUCUGUAUUCGAUGUCCAGUUGAGCAAUCCCAUCGGAAUUUCCGCCGGCCUAGACAAGGACGGCGAGAUCCCAGAUGUCCUCUUCGCCCUGGGCGCCGGCGUCGUCGAGAUUGGAGGCAUCACGCCGCUUCCCCAGACGGGCAACCCCAAGCCUCGUGUCUUCAGGAUCCCCGCCACCGACGGCAUGGUGAAUCGCUACGGGUUGAAUUCUCGAGGCGCCGACGACGUGGCCAGACGGCUGCGAGACCGUCUUCGGCGAUUUGCACGGUCGCUGGGUGUCACGGAGCGGGAGGUGCUGGAUGGGGCCGCCGCCGUGCCCCCGGGCAGUUUGCAACCGGGCAAACUCCUCGCCGUCCAGAUUGCCAAGAACAAGGAGACGGACGGGCGGGACGAAAAGGCCGUCGCCGAUGAUUAUGUAUACUGCGUCCGAAGACUAGCUCGCUACGCAGACGUUUUGGUCGUCAACGUAAGCAGUCCCAACACCCCCGGUCUUCGGGACCUGCAGGCCGCCGAGCCCCUGACGAGGCUCCUCUCGGCCGUCGUGGACGAGGCCGCCAAGACGGACAGAAAGUCGCGGCCCAAGGUCAUGGUCAAGGUGUCGCCCGACGAAGACGGCGACACGCAAGUGGAGGGUAUUGUCGAGGCCGUGCGGAGGAGCGGUGUCGACGGCGUCAUUGUUGGAAACACCACCAAUAGGCGCACUGGCCUGGUCCCCCCGGGAGUCAAGCUCACCAACGACGAACGCAGGGCGUUGAUGGAGACGGGUGGCUAUUCCGGCCCAGCCAUGUUCGACCGCACGUUGGACCUGGUCGGCCGGUACCGAAGGAUGCUUGACGCACAGCCCGCAGACUCGGGUGACCAGAAGAUUGUCUUUGCCACCGGUGGCGUCACCAACGGCGAGCAGGCCCUGAAGAUGCUGAAUGCCGGCGCGAGCGUAGCCAUGGUGUACACGGGCAUGGUGUAUGGUGGCGCCGGCACCAUCACGAGAAUCAAGAGCGAAAUGAAGAGCCAGCUGAAAGGCUGA